GCACAAAGGCCGCAGCAUGGUCCUGGUGCACGUCGGAUACCUGGUGCUGCCCGUCUUCGGCUCCGUGCGCAACAGAGGUGCUCCCUUUCAAAGGUCUCAGCAUCCCCAUGCUACCUCCUGCCGGCAUUUCCACCUGGGUCCCCAGCCUCAGCUCUCGGCCGACUUCGCCCUGCCUCACGCGGUGCAGCCGCAGCCGGGGCUGGCUCCCCACAUGGCCCCCGCGCACCAGCACAGCGGCGCCCUGCACCAGCCCCUGGCGCCGGUGCCCGCCCUGCCCUUCCAGGACGUCGCCGGGCCCUCCUUCCUACCUCAGGCGCUACACCAGCAAUACCUCCUCCAGCAGCAGCUCCUCGAGGCGCAGCACCGCCGGCUCAUGCCCCAUCCCAGGCGGGCCCAAGAGCGCAUGUCUGUCCAGCCUCACCGCCUACACCCCAGCUUCGACUUCAGCCACCAACUGCAGACUCCACAACCCAUGGGCCCCCAGCCCAGGUAUUUGGCAGAGGGCACGGACUGGGACCUCAGCGUCGACGCGGGGCUGACUCACGCCCAGUUCCAGGUCCGGCCGGUGCCCCAGCCCUAUCAGCAUUACUUGGCUACACCUCGGAUGCACCACUUCCCCAGAAGCACAUCCUCAACCCAGGUGGUUGUUCAUGAAAUCAGAAAUUACCCUUACCCUCAGCUUCAGCUGCUUGCUCUUCAGGGACUGAACCCAAGCAGGCACACAUCCGCUGUGCGGGAGAGCUAUGAAGAGCUGCUGCAGCUGGAGGACAGGCUGGGCAGCGUGAGCCGGGGCGCCGUCCAGAACACCAUUGAGAGAUUCACCUUCCCCCACAAGUACAAGAAGGCUAGGAAGCUGCGGGCCAAAUUUUCAAAAGGGUCUCAACCUUCUCCCACCCAGCGGGUGCAAUUUCCCCCCUGUCCGCACCUGAGAAGACCACAGGAAGGCAAAGCUGAGCAAGACGAUGGCGAGGAGUCAGAUACCGACGAGAAAUGCACAAUCUGUCUGUCCAUGCUUGAAGACGGAGAGGACGUCAGGCGGUUGCCCUGUAUGCAUCUCUUUCACCAAGUGUGCGUGGACCAGUGGCUGGCCACCAGCAAGAAGUGCCCGAUCUGCAGGGUGGACAUUGAAACACAGCUCGGCUCGGACAGCUGAAAAGACUAGCUGGACACACCAUUUUCCUUACCAGGUCGUAUGGCCAUAAACCCUUGCAGCGAAAUUUUUUGCCUUCUGAGCCAUUUGAUUGAGAGGGGAAGUCUGCAGGCACGGUAGUGAGGAGGAGGAGGAGGAGGUGAUACAAUAUCUAGCAGUAGGAGAUGUUGCACAUAUAUGCAGGAUACAGGCCCAGUGAAAGGGAGCUGGCAUUCCCGGAGCUCAGAGACCCCGUGCUGCAGAAGAUUUUAGUGUUGAAUAUGAAGGAACUAGUUGUGGUAGUCCGGCCUGUCAAUCCUGCUUUUCAUGGGGAUUGUAUAUAUACCUCUCAAAUAUGUAGAAACAUGUUAGGGGUCCUUUAGCUAUUUCUAUGGAUGGCAGCUGGAGCAUGUUAGCUUAAGAAAUGUUGUGUUUGAUGCCCUACUCAUCUUGUGGUGGACAUGUUGCUGUUACCUAAUUUGCACCAAAUAUUUUUUCAUAGAUUCCUUAUUUUGGUGCCUGAUUAAUACAUUGCAGAGGGGGAAAUAAAGAGGUCAAACAUCUCCAUCCUUGGGGUGGGGGAAAGAGGAGGAAAAGCAAAAUCCUGUUUACAGUCAGAAGGGUUUGUGCUCUUUGCCUCAGCCGCGUGUGCUUCUUUCCCUUGCAUUUACAGUGUGUUGCAAAUUUAGAGAAGCUUAAUAAAAAUAAAAAUUGGGGAUAAAAUGAACGAAGCAAUAGGGAAAAGCUUCGUUCCUGCUUGUCUGCUGGUGCUGGACACUUUCUGUAGCGGCACAGUAUUUGAGUAGAUGCUGUUUCUUUGCUUUCUGUAUUUUAACAAAGUAGCUUGUCAUAUCAAAAUCCAAGGAAGUUCUGUCUA